AGUGAGUCCUGUUUGUUGCCAGUGGAUAGGACUAGGGCCGGCGGAGACUCUACACGAAGAUCUGUGGUCGGGUCUGGAAUCAUCCAUAAACAGCCCUACCCCUCGACACACCUCCCCUCUUCGCCAUGAGCGAUCGACCUGGUCCAGCGGACGCUGGUCCGCCCUCGGUCCCCUUUCGCCGACCACUGGUCCCAAAAGUCAGUCAAGUAGACGCCGAAGCUCUGGACGAAUCGCUAGUGGACAUGUUAAGUGAGAGGGUGGAAAGAUCACUCGGAACGAUCACCUCCAAUCUAUCGUUUGACCUGAAACCUGAGAUCAACUUAGCUCUCAAAUUGAUCAUUUUCAAACAUGGCAUUUGGACUUCUCUAUCAUCUCCAGGAUCCGACAUGGUCAACAUUCGCCUCUCUUCCGCCAAGCAUGGCAGACCCUCGCGGCGAAUCUUACUGUUGUACCUGCUCCUCUCUCCGCCCAUCUUUCCAACUUACCUUCUCACGAGGUUCAGAGAAUAUGCCUUAUCUAAACAAUGGCCAGACUUACCCCGCCGAGAUCUCCGAAAACGUAUAUGGAGCCUCAUUACCAAGCUCGAAGUCGCAUCGAAAGCUUGGGAGUUGGUCGGUUGGAUCUGGUUCUUGAUAGAUCCUAGAUAUCCCUCCUUGUUGAUGCGAAUACUCAAGCUACAGUAUACCGCUUCGUCGGACCAUGUCGCCAGACUUGUCUCCUACGAGUUUAUGAACCGUCAAUUGGUGUGGUCAGUCUUCACGGAAUUUCUCAUGUACUCCAUCCCCCUCCUACCAUCCGUCCCUCCUUUCCUCUCUCCAGCUACCCUCACUUCACACAUCAGCCGAUUCUUUCACCAGCCAACAGGAAUCAACUACCAAUCUAUUCCUCUCCUACCUGCAUCAUCUAAAGGCAGAAAAAAAUCUAGAGCCCUUACUGGUGUCCUGGCGCAUCUCCCAAGGACCAUCUGUCCAGUUUGUCACCUCCGUCAAACAGCCAUUCCAGUUCCAUUGUCCGAUACCCAAGCUGGUUCAGAUAUCCCUCUUCCUCCACUACCCAUCUCUGCGGACCCUACGGUCCCUCAGGACAUUCUACGAAUCACGGAAGAUAAUGACGAGACGGUCAUUUUCAGCCCUGCUCGGAGCGAUUGUUGGGGAGAAUGCGCGUAUUGUUACUAUUGUAUAAAGGGAGAGCUCGUCAAGCAUAAGAUGGCCUUGGAUCAGGAAAUGGCCGUCAUCAGAGACGAAAAACAGAGGGAAGCGUGCAAGGCACGUAAGUGGUCAUGCUUGCGAUGCGGAGGAGAAGUCAGUAGAGCUUGGCGCGUGCUCAGCGCAGUAAAUGGAGAUUCAAGCGUGUCAAUCGACGCGGAUCAGGAACGAGAUCCAGAAUCGUAGCUUGCAGAGCCUGAGGGAGGGCACGAAGGCAAUGC